UUGAAAUGGAAAGUAAUACAAUUCCUGAAAUGUCAACCCAUUCCACCUUUGGAGAAAUUAAAAGACGUGUGAGGGAGAAGAAGAAUGGGGCUCUAAAAGCUGCAAAGCUGAAUACUUCUCUGGCAUCUAAAAUAAAAACUAAAAUAAUAAACAACUCCUCGCUAUUGAAGACCUCUCUGAAACUUAAUAAUAAGGCAUUGGCCAUGGCACUAAGCACUGAGAGAGAAAACUGCCGGAGGCUGAAAAAUGAAAAGCUCUUGCUACAGAAAGAAGUGGAUAAGCUGCACCUGCAGAAUGUCUCACUUUGCCAAAAACUAAAUUGUCUGAAUAAAACCCUCAUAGAAGUAGAAGCAUUCCUGCAUAAUAACCUUUUAACUGCAAUUGAAAUGAGCACUUUACCUGAGAAUAUUCAGAAGCCUCUAGCAUCAAGAGGAGAUAAGUUCAACAGUGACGGUCAUCAGACUGAGAUUUCUGAUCACCCAGUUAGGCCCACUGGGCAACUUGCGAGUGCUCCUAGUAUUGUGGAACAACAAGAAAGCACCUUUGCAUUUGAAGCAGAUGACCUUUUUAAGCAGAUGCCAGUACUGCAACAGGAAAUUGGAGCAGAUGAAAUCAGUGGUGCAUUAUUAGCUUCUGAGAAAAAUGUGCCAAAAUCAUGUGUAACAAAUCAAAUGGAAACAGUAUUUGCCCCAAAAUUUUCAACAGGUAUGCUGCAUUUAUUUUAUUAUUGUGGGUAA